GUGGGCGGAGGCUGCAUUCGGAAGGCUCCCACCCUCCCCGCCAGCCCUACCCUCGCUUGGCCGCCCUUCCUCGGGGAAGCGACAUGGAGGAGGAGGAGGAGGAGGUUCCGCGAAGGCGGCAGCUGCCGGACUCCAACGCCCGGUACCGGGACAGGAGCUUCUGGGACUCGCGGUACCAGGACGAAGGGGCGGCUCCGGCCGAAUGGUUCGGGGGCUUGGAGCGAUUUCGAGAGCAGCUGGAGGCGGAGCUGAGCCCUGGUGAUCGGAUCCUGGUGCUGGGCUGCGGGAACAGUGCUCUGAGCUACAACCUCUUCCAGCUGGGCUAUACAGACAUCACCAGCAUCGACUACUCACCCAUAUGCAUUGCAAGCGUGCGAGACCGCUAUGCCCAUUGCCCAGGCCUGCACUGGGCAGUGAUGGACGCCCAGGCCUUGACCUUUGUGGAUGGGAGCUUUGAUGUGGUGUUGGAGAAGGGCACUCUGGAUUCCAUGAUGGUGGAAGAAACAGAUCCAUGGAAUGUCUCCUCCGAGGCUAGGGUGCUUCUGGAUCAAGUGUUAACUGAGGUGAGCAGAGUCUUACGCCCUGGCGGCCGGUUCAUCUCCAUCACCUUUGCUCAGCCACACUUCCGCAAGCGCCACUACGCCCAGCCUGCCUACGGAUGGUCCGUCCAGUACGCCACGUACGGGAGCGGAUUCCACUACUUCAUCUACGUCAUGCGAAAGGGCGAGGAGCUGUCCCCUUCUGACUUGGCACUGGGGCAGAGCCUGCACCUGCCCCCCCGGACUCCGCCCCCUGUACGCUAUCUCCAGGACCCAGACAGUGAGAAUUUUCUCUCUGCCAUUGACCUAAUUCAUCAUGCAAAAGGCAGGACUGGAUGAAUCCCAAGCUGGAAUUAAGAUUGCCGGAAGAAAUACCAACAACCUCAGAUAUGCUGAGGACACAACCUUGAUGGCAGAAAGUGAGGAGGAAUUAAAGAACCUUUUAAUGAGGGUGAAAGAGGAGAGCGCAAAAUAUGGUCUGAAGCUCAACAUAAAAAAAAAACUAAGAUCAUGGCCACUGGUCCCAUCACCUCCUGGCAAAUAGAAGGGGAAGAAAUGGAGGCAGUGAGAGAUUUUACCUUCUUGGGCUCCAUGAUCACUGCAGAUGGUGACAGCAGUGACGAAAUUAAAAGACGCCUGCUUCUUGGGAGAAAAGCAAUGACAAACCUAGACAGCAUCUUAAAAAGCAGAGACAUCACCUUGCCGACAAAGGUCCGUAUAGUUAAAGCUAUGGUUUUCCCAGUAGUGAUGUAUGGAAGUGAGAGCUAGACCAUAAAGAAGAUUGAUCACCGAAGAAUUGAUGCUUUUGAAUUAUGGUGCUGGAGGAGACUCUUGAGAGUCCCAUGGACUGCAAGAAGAUCAAACCUAUCCAUUCUGAAGGAAAUCAACCCUGAGUGCUCACUGGGAGGACAGAUCCUGAAGAUGAGGCACCAAUACUUUGGCCACCUCAUGAAAAGAGAAGACUCCCUGGAAAAGACCCUGAUGUUGGGAAAGAUUGAGGGCACAAGGAGAAGGGGACGACAGAGGAUGAGAUGGUUGGACAGUGUUCUCGAAGCUACCAACAUGAGUUUGACCAAACUGCGGGAGGCAGUGCAAGACAGGAGUGCCUGGCGUGCUCUGGUCCAUAGGGUCACGAAGAGUUGGACACAACUAAACAACAACAAUGUGUGAUCUGUGUACACCUCUCAGUUCAGGGCAAUGUAUUCUGAAAUCAUGUCUCGGUACAGUUAAAUGUCUUACAAGCAUUAAAAGGCACUUUGUGUUUUGAUGACAUUUAUUGGGGGGGUGGGGUUUUUUAAACCAAAAACCUCCUGUUUCUAAUGUUUCUUAGUUCUUGGGUUUUUAACCAGCUAUUAUAAAUAUGAGGCAAUUCAGAUUUGAGAUAAUGGAAUUCACACCCCAAACCUGCCAAGGAUGAAUUGUUUGUGACCUUGUCCUGGUCACCAUCCCUCAGCCUUGCUUCCCAAUUUGUAAAAUGGGUAAAAACAACAACUAUGAAGACACUUUGAAGUUUAGAAGUGUUGUGUAACAGAUGAAGGCUUUCCAGGAAACUUAAUGUAGGCCUGCUUGGACAUUAGUAUCUAUGCUCAACUCUCAUUUGGUUGGAUAAAAUAUAAUGUGUAGUUAAUUGCAUUACAGAAUGAAGUGCUGUAAAAUCUCAUUCAUUCUGACCCUUUUUGUUUUACGUGGAAGCGUUUUACGUGCUGACUUCUUUGGGUCCUACUUGAGAGUAGGCUUGCACAGAAUUGCAUGGGGGAUAAAAUGGAACCCUGAGAAACCCCACACUGUGGGCUCCAUGGGGCUAAAGAGCCCUCCCCAAGUAUCACUCUGGAAACGUCCAUCUAAGCAGGACCAGAACCACUGCAAAUCAGUGCCACCCACCCUUUAACCCAGGCAGUCUCUCCAGAAGUAUACCAUUGUUGAUUGUAUCAAAAGCCGCUGAGAGGUUGAAAAGGAACAAACAAGGGGCACAUGUCCCCCAUCCCUCUCUCAGUUGAGGUCAUCAUACAAAAUGACCACAGCAGUUUCUGUGCCAAAACCAGGUCUAAACCCCAAUUAAAACGGAUCAAGAAAAUCCGUUUCUUCCAAGAGCACCUGGAUCUGGUCUGCGACCACUUGCUCGAGAGCCUUGCCCAAGAAGGGGAGAUUGGCAACUGGCUGGUAAUUACUUCCAUUUUCCAAAUCCAGAGAGAGUUUAUUGAGGAGUGGGUUUACUACUGCUUCCUUUGAGCAGGCAGGUUCUACCUCCAUUGCAAGGAGGCAUUAAUCACCUUCCCUGGCCCAGCCAGCUGCCCUUUCCCUGUUAGUUUUUAUCAGCCAAGGAGUUCAUAGUGCAAGUGGUCAGCCUGACCGAUCCAAGCACCUUGUCCACAUCCUCAAGCCUUACUAGCUAAAACUCAUCUAGCAGGAAAGAAAAGAAAAGGUAAAGGACCCCUGGACAGUUAAGUCCAGUCAAAGACAACUAUGGGGUUGCAGCACUCAUUCACUUUUCAGGUCUAGGGAGCCGGCGUUUGUCCGCAGACAGCUUUCCAGGUCAUGUGGCCAGCAUGACUAAACCGCUUCUGACGCAACAGAACACCGUGACAGAAACCAGAGCACAUGGAAACGCCAUUUACCUUCCCGCCAGAGCGGUACCUUAUUUAUCUACUUGUACUUGUAUGCUUUUGAACUGCUAGGUUUGCAGGAGUUGGGACAGAGCAAUGAGAGCUCACUCCAUUGCAGGGAUUUGAACUGCUGACCUUCUGAUUGGCAAGCCCAAGAGGCUCAGUGGUUUAGAUGACAGUGCCACCCGCACUUCACCUUUUUUUUUACAGGACUAAACAGUGUUGUGGACACCUUUCAUGAUUCAUCUGCUGCAGCAGUGGAGUCAAGCUCCCUUGAAAUGCUUUGCAAAUAAGUCACAGUGAGCUGCCAUCGGUUCUGUCACCACCUCUGAGCCAGACUGCAAAAGGCCUCACACUACCUGGGAAAACACUGUUGGGUGGCACAAAGUAGGAGGCAGCAAAGUAGGCCUUCUUUUCUGCCUUCACUGCCACGAGGUAGGCUCAAUGAUGAGCCCCCAACAAUGUUCGGUUGCAUUCACCCGACUCUUCCACUUGCGUUUGAGCCAUCUACCAGCUUGUUUCCUUGCCCUAAGCUCUCAAGUAUACCAGGGAGCCAAGCGGGCUCUGCAAAGCAGGAGAGGCGCUCAGGGGCGAUUGUGUCAACAGCCCAAGCCAUUGGGAUGUUCCAGAGGUCAGCCAGGGCUUCAACAGGGGCGCCAGUCCUAUCAGCUGGAAAAUCCCCCAGAGAGAGCCAUUUGGAAUCCCACUGGAUCCAUCAGUCGCCAAGGGCGGGCCUUCCUAAUAAGUCCCCUGCCUCUGUGGAGGGGGAAAGGUGCUGAUCUCAACAGGGAGUGAUUGGACCAUGACAAGGGACUGAUGUCAAUGUCCCCCCACUUUCAGAUCACCUUGCCCUGUUGAGAAAACCGUAUGUUGUUGGAGGCUACCAUUAUCCCUGACCAUUGGCCAUGCUGGCUGAGGACAAUGGGAGCCAGGCACCUGACAGGAUCUGGACAGCCAUGAGUUCCCCACUCCUGAUGCACGGCUCCCUGAGCCCCAGUUGCUUUGCUGUCAGCCUAUUGUAGGUGUGAUAUAGUGAUUAGUAUCUGACUAGGACCUGGGAGAUGAGGGUUCAAACCUCCACUCAGCUGUGAAGCUCACUGGGUGACCUUGGGCCAGUCACUGCCUCUCAGACUAACCUACCUCAUAGGAUUGUUGUGGGGAUUUAAUGAGGGGGAGAGCUAGAUGCACCACCUCGAGCUCUUUGGAGAAAAGGCAAUAAAUGAAGCUCAAGGUUUAACUCCUCCCAUAAUGGGGGGAUAUAAAUGCAGUCUAUCAGGUGAACAGUGUGUUAGCUGAAGGAUUUCUCACUGCACAACAGAACAUUCUCCCCCUUCCCCACCUCCUUGCACACCUCCAUCUGUUCUGGUGAGGAGAGCAGGGAAAAUCGCUUUCCACUGGUGCUAAUUUCUGCACCAGCGCAACUAUUUGCCACCCAGGGCUGCUCUGGUCCUU